AUGUCACGCGCCUCCGCCGGCUUUGCAGAUUUCUUCCCAACGGCGCCCUCAGUCCUGCAGAAGAAGCGCAGCAGCAAGGCCCUGGCCGGCCAGGAGAGCACCAGCAGCAGCAGCAGGCCCAAGAGCAGGUCGGCCGUCUCUGACUUCUUCGCGGAGGAGCAGCAUCAGCACGACCAGGACCAGCAUGGUGGUGGAGGGGCCUCGUCGACAGCAACCUCCACGGCAGACGCAACACCGACCGCUGAGCAGCCGGAGACAGCUAUCACGCCCAUAGACUCGUACUACGCGGCUGCGUCUUCGUCGUCUUCUUCUUCUACGGCUGCGGCGGCGGCGUCGACGGCUAAUGGCGUGGGCGCUGCGAGGGUAGGCUCUUCAAGCUCCACGGCCACAGAGUCGUCCGCCGCGGCCACCACGCUCAACGGCAUGUCCACCACCUACGCCCUCACGCCUCUGACAAACACCGACUCCUCGCCGCCGCGCAAGUCCGGCAGCCCGAUGCUCUCUUCGCGGCUCGCGGACUCGGAGCAGUCUACUUCUUCUACGUCUUCUUCUUCCGCCGUUGAGUAUGAGAAAAACCACGCCAAGGCCGCCAGUCGGCUCCCUCCUCCUGCAAGGGGCUACAAGCUCCUCUACGACCCGGACCUGGACAAGAAGCCUCCUGCGUCCAAGGACAAGCGCCGGAAACCUCAGUACGCUCCCUUUGGCGAAGGCGAGGCCGCUGACGCCGCUGCUGCUUGCAUGGAAACCGAACAUAGUCGAUCUCUCCCCCCGGCAGACCCCCGGAGAGCCAUACCAAACUACACCCGCGGCGCCGCCAGCAAGCAAAAGACAAAGUACAGGCCGGCUCCUUACACACUCAAGCCAUGGGCCUACGAUCCAGCUACCUCUAUAGGGCCCGGUCCGCCCACCCAGAUCGUCGUCACCGGCUACGAUCCCCUCACCACCGUGGCUCCCAUCAGCGCCCUCUUCUCCAGCUUCGGUGACAUCGCGGAGAUAGACAACAGGACAGAUCCCACCACGGGCCGUUUUCUAGGUGUCUGCUCCAUUACGUACAAGGACAGCAGGUCUCUGCGCGGUGGCUCCCCGCUUACAGCUGCCCAGUCCGCCCGGAGAGCUUACCUCGAGUGCAAGAAGGAACAGCGCAUCGGAACUCGGCGCAUCAGAGUAGAGCUCGACCGGAAUUCCGCUGCUUGCAACCGUAUCGUCGCGAAGCUCAUUGCUCUACAAAAACAGGAACAGCUAGCUGUCUUUGAACAACAACAACAACAAUUACAGCAGCAGCAGCAACAGCAGCAACAGCAGAAUAGUACUGAUGCAGCUAGCGGCAAGAAAUCCGACAAGUCUGCUGCCAUUCCUCCUCCACCUCCACCACCUCUACUACCUACCGGCCCCAAAGCAGAUGCCGAACCAUCACAGUCAAAGGUAGACAAUGUGCCGCCCCCUACAGCUCCCAAGGGACCAUCUGGUAAAUCCUCCCUACACCCGGCCUUGCAGCUCCAACCGCCAGACGGACCUCGCGCAGCUGCCAAACCGGUGUCUCUGGUCGAACAAACUCCCAUCCUGGACCAGAUCAAACGAGACCCUUACAUCUUCAUUGCACACUGCUACGUCCCCGUCCUCAGCACCACCAUCACCCAUCUAGAACGACGUCUGAAGCUAUACGACUGGAAGUCCGUCCGAUGCGACAACACAGGAUACUAUGUCUUGUUCGAAAACUCCCGUCGAGGCGAACUCGAGUGCGAGCGCUGCUUUCGAGGCUGCCAUAUGACCGCUCUCUUCACCUACGUCAUGAACAUGGAAUGUCAACAGUACGGCAACCCGUCAUACGAACGAAGUCCCAGUCCUGAACGAGUCAAGGCCGAACAGCGCGAGAAGUCGGAAAAGGCACGGCUCAAGCGGGAGACGGAGCUGGAUGUCGAAGAGGAGAAGCGUCUACGAGCUGAAAAUGUUGAUCCAACUACGGAAGUCGUUGCCAUUGCCAUCCGUGAGCUCAGAGAUAAGCUUCUGGAAGACAUCAAGACUCGAAUUGCGGCUCCGGCGCUCUACGACUUUCUCGAUCCGGACCGACACCGCGCAAAGAGGCAGAAGCUGGGUAUUGCCGAUCCGCAGGGAAUCAAGAAGCCGGCUUUCUACCUCGAUACGGCGCUGGGAGAAAGCACCACGGAUUCACGAAACAGUCCCGCACCAGGCAGUGCGCAGUCGAAGAACGUCCUCGCCUUACCGCGCAUUAGAAAAGCACGAGACUUUGAACGGAACAAUUCAGCCUUUGUCGAUGAGCGAAGACGUCGUCCCACCGUUCGCAGAAGGGAAUUCAGACCACUCUACCACCGUCUUCAACAGCUUCACGAUGAAGACGAUUCCGACGAUGAGCAGCAGACCUCCUUCACCCGGGAUACCGAAGACCAGGAAUCUCGACCACUCUCCCGUCUAUCCAGCGAGGCAGAUAACGACGAGGAUGAGAAUCUCCGUGGCUCGCUUGUUCCCAGCGUGUCUGGCUUUGGAGACUCCGGUCUCGACUCAGCGGGCAUCAAGGACGAGCUGGAUGAUCUCGACCGUGAGAUGCUGGGAGAGCCAGGCGACUACGACCAUGUCUCGAAGAAACGGAAACGACUCAGCCUGGAGCUGCUGGAGAUGGAGAAGCGGCGGAAGAAAGUGGACGAGUUAUUCGGUGUUGAUACGUCUCAUCUUAGCCAGGAGCCAGACGAUGAUCUGUCUGUGAUCGUGGACUCGCAGGCUCAACCACUCGGUAAAGACAAGAGCAAGAAACCGAAGAAGAAGACCAAGAAACAGCUUCUCGAGGAGAAGAAGGCGCUUAAGCUUGCUGAACUUCAGGCUGCGGCGGAUCAGGGUCUGGUUUCAAAGGUUGAUGACAUCUCACUCGCCGUCACGCCUGUUGAAGGCGAGAUUGAUAUCGAAGGCAAGGAGGAAGAGGAGGAAGAAGAGGAGGAAGACGCAUACGUCAAGCCAGAGGUAGAAUGGGGAUUGUCGACCACGGAACCAAAACCCACGGUCGAAGACGACGAAGGAAUCGUCCUCGAUCUCGACGGAUGGCAGAACCUAGUCAAGGACACAGAAGACCUUCGUUUCCUCCGAGAAGCCCUACAAUCAACCUCGCUUUCAAGCAUACCCGACACCCCCAUCGCCAACAUCACAGCCUGGGCCUGGAACCAGAAACAAAUCAAGGCCAUCAACAGCCACGGCGCCCGAGGUCCCGUCCACUCCGAAAUAAAGAUAGAAGGCUACUACGUCCCCAACCCGACCGGCUCAGCUCGCACCGACGGCCGCAAACGAAUCCUCGAAUCCGAAAAAUCCAAAUACCUCCCUCACCGCAUCAAGGUCCAAAAGGCCCGCGAAGAACGCGAAGCCCUAGCCAAAAACGAUCCCGCCGCCGCCGACGCAGCAGCCAGAGUCAUCGCAACCAAAACCAUCUCGAAAUCAACCCUUACUUCCUCCCGCUCGAACCGCGUCAACAACCGCCGUCUGGUAGCCGACAUCAACGCCCAGAAACAAGCAUUGCCCACUCAAAGCGGCGAAGGAGACGUGCUGCGCUUCAACCAGCUUAAGAAGCGCAAGAAGCCUGUCCGGUUCGCUCGUUCGGCAAUUCACAAUUGGGGUCUAUAUGCUGAAGAAAACAUCACUGCAAACGACAUGAUUAUUGAGUACGUUGGUGAGAAAGUACGACAGCAGGUUGCUGAUAUGCGUGAACGACGGUAUCUCAAGUCCGGCAUUGGAAGCAGCUACUUGUUUCGUAUUGAUGAGAAUACCGUCAUCGACGCUACGAAGCAUGGCGGUAUAGCGCGAUUCAUCAACCAUAGCUGCACGCCCAACUGCACGGCGAAAAUCAUCAAGGUCGACGGAAGUAAACGUAUUGUCAUUUAUGCCCUUAGGGAUAUCGAGAGAGAUGAAGAAUUGACAUACGACUACAAGUUCGAGCGAGAAUGGGAUAGCGACGACCGUAUCCCUUGUCUCUGCGGCUCGACGGGCUGCAAGGGAUUCCUCAAUUAA